GAUGCGGUUUGGUGACAACUGCUACUACUUUGGAACUGAUUCGCUGGAUUUCAGCUCUGCGCGUGCUGCCUGCCGCGCUAUCAGCGGAUCUGACCUCGCCUCCAUUCUGACCAGUGCUGAAGCAGAUUUCAUUAAGUCUGCUCUCGAGAAAAAAUACACCAAACCCAGUGAGUUGUGGAUUGGUUUGACUGAUUCAAAGAAUGCCGGCACAUUUGAAUGGUAUGAGAGUGGAGCGGUUCCGUACUAUGCCAGGUGGAAAUGUAACUUGCGAGCAAGUGGCUCAGCGCCCCACUGUGGUACUGUGUUUGCUGGAUCUGCGGAUGUCGGACAGUGGGGUAAAACGUCGUGCGCUAGCAGCAUCAAAGGCUAUGUAUGCAAGUAUGGAACAGCACCUACUGUACGUCUGGUGCGCGGCGACUGUCCUUCCGGCUUUUUUGCGCUUGAAAACAAGUGCUACAAGCAUGUAACUGGUCAUCCGAAGAAGUGGCAUGAUGCCAGCGCCCACUGCGCACGUCAUUACAAGGGCAUGCUGAUGAGUACUGGCAAUAUCAAGCAGAAGGCGUUUAUCGAGACCUAUAUGCAAAAACUCAAACCUGGCUUUAACGGCAGAGUCUGGCUUGGCCUAAGAAAUGUAGCUAUGGGGCCUUGGAUAUGGAAUGAUAGAUCGUGUUAUACUUUCUCCGACUGGUCGUGCAUAAGCCAAAAUGUUGGUAUUUCUGGAGAGCAUUGCUUGACAAUUGACUUCCGCAGUGCAAGUCGAAGUAAUGCUGGACGCUGGAUAGCGGGGAGUUGUUCUGAGCAUCACACUUUCUUUUGUGAAAUCCCCAUCUCCCAUGCAACUCCAAAACGUCUGACAAGCCCUACUUGUAUCGACACUGGAUUCAAAUGCCCCACUGGCUGGCUGCAGAAGGGCUACAGCUGCUACUAUUUUGAGAAAAAUGCCCCGAAGACUACUUUUGAAGCGGCCAUCAAUCAUUGCCGGUCCAAAAAUGGAUCGUCUCUUGUUGUGAUCAACGAUGAAACAGAAAGUGCGUUUCUGACACAGGAGAUGAAUAAUAUUCAGACAAAGAGUACUGAUCUUCGCCUGUGGAUUGGAUUAUAUGACAUACUUGUGACAAGGGGUGGCCCGAGAACGGGCGUCCGCUGGGUUGAUGACACAACCACAUCGUACUUAAAUUGGGAUUGCAAGAGGCACCACUUCUUCAAUGGCUUUGGCACUGUGGCACAUUGUGGUUACAUGUUUACUGGGGACAAUUCGCCCGAAAGCAGGAACGGUUUGUGGGGACUGCAACCAUGUCUUACUCGUACAGGAGCGCGGACCAUGGGCUACAUCUGCGAGUUGCCUGCACCGCACACAGCUUAUGCACGGCAAGCUGCUCCCGCGUUCUCACAGGGCAUGUGCGAGGCUGGAUGGGUUCAGGAUGGCCAAACCUGCUUCUACCUAGUAUUUGAAAGUGCUGACAAGUUACCCUGGUCCGAAGCCAGGUCUGAGUGCCAACGGCUUGGCGGUGAUAUCGCCAUGGCUAGGACCAAAGAGGAAAAUAUUCUCAUAAUGAAGUUGAUCUUAGAAAACCAACCACACUUCAACCAGCGUGUUUGGAUCGGUCUCUCUACCCAGAAGAUAGAGGGCUCCUUCUCCUGGGUCGACCACCAGCAACUGGAAAACCUUGCACACCGUCAUUGGACCUGUGCCAAAUGGUUCUACAACAGACAACCAUACACAAGGAGGGGAGCCCUCUGCAGUGUUAUUGCUCCAGUAUAG